CGUGACGUCAUUAAGAGCGACGAAAACUAAAGUUGUCUUGUACCUGUAGUUUUUCACUUUUGUUGAUGGUAAACUGGAGGCGGUGAACAAGACGACAUGACUUUUUCGAUUAAGUGAAUCACCACAUCACCCAAAAAGCAGAGGCAAGGAAGAAGCAGAUGCCAUUUACUAAACCACUAAGAUGAAUGUGAAAGAAGAGACAUGUGAGGCUGACAUAAAUACCAUGGAGGUAAUGACUGUGAGUAUUAAGGAGGAGGAGGAGAACUAUGAAUGGGAGUCUGUCCACCAUGGACAGGAGAGUCUCUGCAUUAAGGAUGAGGAUUAUGAACUGAGGUCAGUGGAUAUUAAAGAAGAGGCUGGGGGGACUUCUGUCAACAGUGAGAUGCACAAGUGGGAGAUUAUGAAGCGUGGGGACCCUGCUGUGAGAUCUGAGUCAUUACAGUCUGACACAAAGAGGACUGAGACAGCUUCAUCUGGUAGGACUUGGGAAGAUCAGCCAACACCUUCAAAUCAUUCUGAACAAAGAGACAAGCCUUACUGCUGUUCUGAAUGUGGCAGACAAUUUUCUCGUUUAAGAAGACUUCGGCGUCACAAAAGAAUUCAUACUGGAGACAGUCCGUAUUGCUGUUUGGAAUGUGGCAAACAGUUCUCUGACAGGAGUAAUCUUCAGGCACAUGCUAGAAUACACACUGGAGAAAAGCCGUAUUGCUGUUCAGAAUGUGGGAAACGAUUCUUACGAAUUGCUGAUCUUCACACCCACACUAGAAUACACACCGGAGAAAAACCGUAUUGCUGUUCUGAAUGUGGCAAAAGAUUCUCACGAAUUGCCACUCUUCAUACACACAAAAGAACUCACACCGGAGAGAAGCCAUUUUGCUGUUUGGAAUGUGGUAAGCACUUUACAGUGAAAAGCAGCCUUCAGAUACACAAAAGAACUCACACUGGAGAAAAGCCAUAUGCCUGUUCUGAAUGUGGUAAACAGUUCUGUGACAAGAGUUCUCUUCGGCAGCACAGAAGAAUUCACACCGGUGGGGAGAUGUAUUGCUGUUCUGAAUGUGGCAAACAAUUUUCACAAAUCAACAGUCUUCAGAUCCAUAUGAGAAUUCAUACUGGAGAGAAGCCAUAUUGCUGUUCAGAAUGUGACAGAAAAUUCUGUAGUAGGAGUUCUCUGAGGAAACAUGCCAUAAGUCACACUGGAGAGAAGCCAUACUGUUGUUCUGAAUGUGGUAAACAGUUUUCAAAAAAGUACAGUCUUCAGAACCACAGAAGAAUACACACUGGAGAAAAGCCAUACUGCUGUUCUGAGUGUGGCAGACAGUUUUCACGAAUGGCCACUCUUCACACCCACACAAGAAUUCAUACCGGAGAGAAGCCAUAUUGCUGUUUGGAAUGUGGCAAACGAUUCUCACAAAUCACCACUCUUCACACCCACACAAGAAUUCACACUGGAGAGAAGCCGUAUUGCUGUUCAGAAUGUGGGAAACACUUUUCAUUGAAGAGCAACCUUCAGAGACAUGUAAGAAUUCACACGGGUGAGAAACCUUAUGGCUGUUCUGAAUGUGGCAAACAGUUUUCACAUAAGUUCAAUCUUCAAACCCACACAAGAAUUCACAAUGGCACAGACAAGACCACACAAGCGUACCGUGAGCAAGAAAAUAAGAGCACUACAUUCAAUCCAGUGGUCAGUUGAAGAGAAAGAGGAGAUCAAGUAAUGCUACUUCUUGGCAACUGAUCUCAAAUUCCCAACUAAAGAAUACGCCAGGAAGGCUGAUGCAGAACUGCAGUAUAGAAAUGUAAUCUUUAUUUUCCAAAUUGGAUAACUGACACAAAUAUAAGACAUUUAAUUGCAAUAAUUAAAGACAACAAACGGGUCAAGUGACAUUAGCAUACUUUCAAAAAACAGCAAGAAAAGAAAUAAUGCAGGUUGGCAGCAUUAACACCAGCGUAACUCAUUGGCAAGCAAAUGGAGUACAAAUUAAGUUGAAGAAAAAGAACGUUGACAUAUUUGAAAACAAAUUAAAAAUUAAAGGUUUAAAUAUAAACUCAAAAAAUGCUAGCACAACCAGAAAAUUAUUACCAGAGACAAUUGUCCUAAAAAUCAACUGAUUUACAAAGAGUGAAAUACAAACAUUAAAGAGAGAAGUUAUCAAGAAGUUAAAUGAUGGGGGUAGCGGGGUAUGUUGGGGCACAGUAGAUCGAAAGUGCCAAUGACAUUUUAUGAAGAUAAAAUAACCCAAGUGAUCCUUGAAGAAGAGCAACCAGAAUUAGAAAAAUGAUUAAAAAUAUCCACUACAGAGUCAUUCAAAACUAGAAGAGAACACACCAACUAAAGUGAACAACUCAACAAGUGCAGAAUUCACCAUCAUUAGAGGACAUAAAGGUCCAGGAAAUUGCAGAAGAUCUCCUGGAGUUCAUCAAUUUUACUAGUAUGCAGAAAUCAACAAAAGACUUGGUACUACAUGUAAGGUGAAUAAAGCAAUAACUGAGAGAAAUGAAAACCAGCAGCAUGUAAUAGACUUCAAAAGUGUAAAGAGGAUAACAUUUUGUGCAGUAAAACUCAUCACCUCUAAAAUAUUAUAAAAGUAAAGUUGAAUAAAUUGGACUCUGCAAGUGCAUGAAUAAAAAAUUUGCCUCGAUAA